AUCGAUUGAGUGCCGCCGCCACCGUCUUCCUCUCGCGAUUAUAUCGUCGUUACUACUCCGCCGUCGUCGUAAUCGUCGCGUGUCGUGUUCUCCGUGCGUUUCACUACCGCAGCACCAUACGUUUCGUACGGAACUCGUGCGCACCGCAUCCGCAAACCGACCAACACACACACGUCGCACUCGUCUCACACGGGUUGCUGCUGUUGUUCGUCCAUCACGUAUACCUACACUCCGUGUGCGUUGCGCCGGUGCACACGAACGUAAAACACUACACCUGCAGCAGAUACGUCGUCCGCGUCUUGAUCGUUUUUUGAUCGCGUCUUUCUUGAUCGUCAUCAUGUUGUUCAUUCAUUAUCAUUGAUAUUAUUCACCGUCAUCCCCGUUAUUGUUCGUCCGGUGACCACCGCAGUCGAUGAUAUAUCGUCGGAGACGCGUGCGAUUGUGAUUUCAUAAAUAACUAUCGUCAACGGCAGCAGUGUCAUUACCGACCGACGUUGGUCGUACGCGACCUGAUUUGCGUGGACGCGCGGCGACGAUAUGAGUUUCGAACGUAGUGGGAAUUUUUUUCCGAAAACUCCGUCCUCAAUAAAUGAAAAUUCCACCGAACGACUACGGGAGAUGACCGUGUGUGUCAUUUGAAAUCUCAUCAGCAGCGUUGCCCCAUGUCGGCCGUCUGUUACGAAGGUGGAGUCGGUGGCCGAUCCCGAGCUGGGCUUAGGCUCAGUCUGAACAGGAGUAUCAGUGAGCCAGGCCCAGCGACAACAAUUACAGUUACUACACCGACAAACUCAAAACGUUUUCGAUUAGAACCGAUACCCAGUCUACCUGCCAGUUUACCUGCUAGUCCUAAUUCGGAUGGUACCAAUUUAAGCAGCGCUCUUAUACUCAAUAAGGUUAAACGAAUAGACGCUGAUUCUUUGAGACAAAAAAUGGAACUUUUCGGGCCUGCAGUCUUAGCCAUCGAUUGCCGAUCGUUCGUGUGCUACAAUGUAAGCCAUGCUAGGGGAGCCGUAAACGUAAAUGUUGCUGAUCGAAUUAACCGGCGGAGAUUACAAACAGGAAAAGCAACAUUGGUAGAGUUGGCAUCUUCAAGGGACGCCAAAGACGCUCUCAGAAGACGGGGGUAUAGAGAAAUAGUGGUAUAUGAUGAUUCCACAACUGACUUAGACAGGAUACCCCAUAACCAUCCACUGAUGCUAAUUCUUGCAUCAUUAGUAGACGAUGAAAGAGAACCUUCUUUUCUCAUUGGUGGGCACAAAGAGUUUCACUCUCGACACAAGGACAUGUGCGAAAACUCAUUGUUGCAGGCACCAUUAAGCGCCAGCUGCACGCAGGACGCGGCCCGCGAAUUAAUGGACACCCAUCCUCUCACCAAGGUGCUGCCAUUCUUGUAUCUGGGUAACAGCAAGGAUGCCGACGACCGGGACGGUAUGACCGCCAACGGGAUAACACGUGUGCUAAACGUGACAACCAGCCAACAGUCCCCGUCGCCGACCAUGGACCACCGAACCUCUGGCAUCGUGUAUAAACGUCUGUCAGUGCUAGACAAUGGUCACGCUAACCUUAAACAGUACUUCGAGGAAGCAUUUGAAUUUAUUGAGGGCGCUCGGAAAUCCGGAGGAAGCGUACUGAUACACUGCCAGGCCGGUAUCUCGCGGUCCCCGACCAUCGCGAUCGCGUACGUGAUGCGACACCGGAAGAUUUCCAUGGUCGACGCUUACAAGACGGUGAAAGCUGCGCGGCCGAUCAUUUCACCGAACCUAAACUUUAUGGGGCAGCUGUUGGAGUUGGAGCAAAACUUGCAGUACGAACAACAACAACAACAACAACAACAACAGCAGCAGCAGCAGCAACAGUCACCUCGCUGCGGCCAUUCCUGGGCCGCUGUCCAACAGCAGUCCGCGGCCGACGAACUACUGUCGCCCGGGUGCAGUACAUAACGUGGCUCGGCCUCA